CCGAAACACCGAAACGAGAUUGGUAAUUGAGAUGAUGGGAUGAGCAUGAUGUACAUUAGCUCUCAUGUGGGAAACGUGUGAUAAAGUGCUACCGUCCUUAUUCCUUCGGCAUGACACAAUUAUUCUGAAUUCAUUGUCUCCUAUUUAUCCCACCAAAUGGUUACACCUCCCCGUUCUUCCACAAUGUCCAAACUCCUCGCCGUCUUCGGUGCCACAGGCCACCAAGGCUCCUCGGUUAUCCACCACGUCCUCCACGAUCCUAUCCUCAGCGCCCAGUACACCAUCCGUGCCCUCACCCGCGACCCAACCUCGCACGCAGCCCAACGUCUCAAAGCCAAAGGCGUGGACGUCAUCUCAGCCGACGUCCUCGACCGCGCCUCGCUAGACCGCGCCCUGCAAGGCUCACACGCCGUCUUCGCCAUGACGCCGCCAUACUCCUCCCCCAGCGCGCCCCGUGGCACCUCCGCCUUCGCGUUCGAGGUAGAAAACGGCAAGCGCAUCGCCGACGCGGCGCUCGCUGCGGGUGUACGAUUCUUCAUCUUCAGCACGCUGCCCUCUGUGCGUGAGAUCUCGAAGGGGAAGUACACGGCGGUAGCGCCGUUUGACGGUAAAGCGGAAGCGGAGAAGUACAUCCGUGGGAUGGAAGUGGACGGGAUGAACAGCGCUUUUAUCUGUCCUGGAGCGUUUAUGGAGAAUUUUGCGGCGCAAGGGUGGGCGAAGCCAAGGCGGGAGGUGGAAGGGGAGGAGGAAGUGUGGACGCUGUGUAGGCCGAAUAGUUCGGCGUUUAGGAUCCCGCUUAUUGCGGCGAGGGAGGAUGUGGGUAAGUUUGUGGGCGCGAUGUUAAGGGAUCCUCAGAGGUUUGGGGGAAGGCGGGUGUGUGCUGCCCAGGGCAGGUAUUCGUGGGCGGAGGUUGCGCAGUGUCUAGGGAAAAGUGCGGGGGUGGAGAUUAGGUUUAGGCAGUGUGGGUGGGAGGAGUGGAGGAAAAUGGCGCCGGCAGAGGGGAUGAGAGACUUUUUGGAGGAGGCGUAUCGGUAUGCUGAAGAAUUUGGGGGGUAUUUUGGAGAGGGAGAGGAGGAGGGUGUAAAAUGGGCGGUGGAGAGUGUGCGUGGAGAGGGUGAGUUGAUGGGCUUGGAGAAGUUCUUAGAGACGGAGCCUUUUUGACGUUGCGAAGUGAGUAGAGGCGGGUGAGAGGGCUGGAGGAAGGGUUCAUCGGAUGAUCAUCUGAAGCAUGGAAUUCAUUGAUCGGAGUAGGUAGGCCUUCUUGCAGAGGAGACUCGGUGAGCCGGUGGUUGCGUAAACCUUGCCAUAGGUGUAUUUCGUUUCCGGAUUUCC